AUGCCUACAACCAGAAGAAAGCUCCUGAACAAAGUUACAGUGGACAUAGGUUGCAGCAACUGCAGAAAACCAAAACUCUUCCACAUAUUCCAUCCAAAGCCAAAACCCACCACAACCCAAAAACAAAAGUACCACCACCAUAACAAUUUCUCUUCAUCUUCAAGCUCAUGCAACAAAGUCUACAAAGCCAACAACAACGCCACCACAUUCUCUCCAAACACAGACUAUGCUCCAUUUUUGGACACAGAGGUCAAGCCAAAGAGCGCAAGAGCCGUCCAAGGUUUUGGGAGAAUUGGCAACGAGAGUGUGGCCGUGGAGAAAGACUCAGGCGAUCCUUACUUGGAUUUUCGACACUCGAUGCUCCAAAUGAUACUGGAAAACGAAAUAUACGCGAAAGAUGAUCUCAGAGAGCUUCUCAACUGUUUCUUGCAGCUCAACGCACCUUGCAACCAUGGAAUUAUUAUCAGAGUUUUCACUGAGAUCUGGAAUGCUGUUUUCACAGUGAGGUCGUCUGGUUCAACGAUGCUGCAUUUUCCUCGCAAGUCACGUGACUACUAG